AUGUUUGACAAGCAGCACUACGAGAGUCCACCCGUCUACAGUCCUCCUUUCAGCUCGCCAUCCAACAACGGCUUUGGCCCACCAGGCAGCUUGCAUGCCCCUCAGAGCGAUUACAACGCAUACCCUCCUCCGCCUGGAUCGUACUACAUUGAGGACAGACCGCAGCACUUCUACAAAUGGCUGUCACCUCCCGGGAUAGUCAAGGCCAUGAUGGCUACGGUGAUUGUGUUGUGUGUGGCGAUAUUUGCCUGCGUGGCCUCCACUCUCAUGUGGGACAUGCAGUAUGGAAUGGGAAUGGGAAUGGGGUACGGCAGUGGAUAUGGCGGAAGCAGCUAUGGCUCAGGAUAUGGUGGUUAUGGAGGUUAUGGAAGUUAUGGAGGAGGCUACGGCAACAGCUAUGGCUCUGGCUCCUACAUCUCACCUUACUCAGCCAAAACCACCAUGAUUGCCAUGGCAGCCAUUAACUUCAUAGGGUCACUGGGCUUCUUCAUCGCCAGCUUCUCUAAAUCCAACACUGUCCACAGUAGGAAGUUCUUUCUGGCCCUGAUGAUAGCCAGCAUCAUCAUGGCUGUCCUGCAAGGCAUCAUAAGCAUUGUCUACAUUGUCGGGGUGAACCCCAUGGCCCAGGGCACCUCCAGUAUGAUGUACAAUCCAAUGCUUAUGAUGUGCCAGAACCUCUACCAGACCGGCUACUCACAGAUGGGAGGAGUGGGAGGCUUCCCCAUGUACAACCAGUAUCUCUACCAUUACUGCUUUGUGGACCCACAGGAGGGAGUUGCCAUGGUGUGUGGAUUCCUGGUUGUCAUCGCCUUUGGUGUUGCAGCUUUCUUUGCGCAUAAAACAAGAGGGAAGAUCUGGCGCUACGGAAAACCAAACAUCUACUGGGAAGAGCCUCUUGUUGGCGGGAAGGCCUCAGAGGGCAGAGACGUAGAGGAAUGGGUGAACAAUGUGGAGGAAAGCCGCAGUGUUCAGGACGCCCCUACCCUGCUGGUGUCAGAGAAGGGAGCCGGGCUGCUCAACGCCUCAGCGAACAGUGUCAUCUCCUUCCCCCCGGCCAAGGUGGACAGCAGCUCCUAUAAUGAAGACACCUACGACAACAACGAGAACUCAGACAGGACCACCAGCAGACCAUCAGAAGCCUUCUCCCACGGAGGAAGAACCAGCUCCAGCCCUUCAGAGGAAACCAGCGGGGGCCGCAAACCCUCUGCCAACCGAGGCAAGAGACGCAGACGUAACCCAGAGAUGGAUGAGUCUCAGUAUGAGACAGAGUACACCACAGGAGGAGAAACGGGCAAUGAACUUGACGGAGAAGAGUGGGAAAAUACGUACCCAGAUAUAACAUCUGCUGCUCAGCGUCAUGACUAUAAGAGAGAGUUUGAUGCCGACCUCAGGGACUACAAGCGCAUGUGUGCUGAGAUGGACGACAUUAACGAUCAGUUGAACAAACUCAGCCGGCAGCUGGACACAAUGGAUGAGACCUCUGCCAAAUACCAGGCUGUUGCAGAGGAAUAUAAUCAGUUGAAGGAUCUGAAGCAGACAUCAGACUACCAGGCUAAGAAGAAAGAGUGUCGCAGCCUGAGACACAAGCUGUUCCACAUCAAACGCAUCGUGAAGGACUACGACAAGAAUCACUGAUGAACCCACUGAGUCCUGACACUCAGCAAACACUCACAUACACACAGGCUAAGAUACACUCCAAAACAAAAGACUCAUGUGAUAUGCCGAGACCAAAGUUACCUGUACAGAACCAACACACACACACACACACACACACACACACACACACAUAUAGGGAACAUACUGUAUGUUAAUAAUAAUGCUCUUGAUCAGUUAAGUAUAAAAAACAACAUUUUUUUGUAAGAAAAUAGAAGCAGUGCGCUCAGCUGUAGCCACUUCCACAGCAAACACUGCCCUUUCUCUAAAGAUUCAGCUCAGUGGUUUGCAGUGUUCAGUCACUUGUGAGGAGCAGAGGGUGUGGGGAAAUGUCAUUUGAAAGUCAACUUACCGUCAGUCUCCUGGGAUAACACUGUGCUCGGGCUCUGUUUGCUCUCCAACUUUCCUUUGUGUUAUCUCCACAGAUUAGAGGUGGAGCAGUAUUGUAGAGAAAGUAGUAAUGGGUGAGAUGGGUUGCUGGGAUAGUUUUGUGAGUAGUUAUGCAGUUUCUUUAACCCUUGGCAUGCCGUUAUCUUUGUCACAAAUUAACUUUAGUUGUGCUUUUCUCAUCUUCUGAGUCUGCCGGGACCGUGUGUCUUCACUGGCUUUUCUAAGACUAAGAUUUUUAUACUGAUUAUCAUAGCUGCAGUGACACCAAAAAGGGGACAGACUGGCCGUUGAGAUAUGUGUGAAAUUGUUUUAUUGUAUAUACUUUUAAUAAAUCCUGUUCAUACUAUGUACCAAGAACACAUUUACAGUUAUGUAUCUGUCUAUUAGAUUCAGCAGAUAUCUUAGCAUUUGUGAUGACAUUAUCUAUUACUUGUACAUACUAAAGACCCAUGGUGGCUUGUUUUUUAAUCAUUCAAAAUGUGUUUAAGCUAUGCAAAUGAGUAACAUCCAGACUGUUUUUAUAUAUUUUUAUCAUGCUCCUCAGCAAACUGGAAAACACUGUUUCUGUCACUGUCUAUAAGCUACUCACAUCUUUUCAUUUGAUUCUUUGCCAAUGAAAAAUGACCAUCUGCUGAUUCCAUGUGUGAUAAUUUAUGUAUUAAUCCACUUGAUGUGCAAAGUGUUCGGAUCUCGUGUGCAUUAUAAAAUUGUUCAGACACCCUU